CACAGCCAGCCCCCCCGCUGACGAACCAAUCGCAACAUAUGGUUGAGGAAAUUGGCUGCCUUAGACAAACUGGCGGCAGCGUCGUCAUCGUUGGCAUGCCAACCAGCCAGAGUGGACCAAGCACUGGAGUUGGAACCGGAACGGGUAGUGUUGCAGCCUCCAAUACAGUGUCUGGCCAACAACAACAUCAGCAACAUCAGCAGCACCACCCACAUCAGCAACAGCAGCAUCAGCAUCAGUUGGCCAAUAAUAUGAGUCUAUUGAGUGUCAAGGGCGGACGUUAUUUGUGGACGGACCGUGAGCUUUUAAUGCAUUUGCAGAAUUAUACGCCGCUAAUAUUGUUAAUCGAUUUCGUGGAGAAAACGCGCACCAAGCGCUUCUACGAGAGCUCGGAACGAUAUGAGAUUCUAAUGUUGGUAUUCAUAAUGCGCAAAGGUGCGCCAUUCUGUGAGAAUAAACGAUUUCCCACCGAAUAUUGGGUUAAUCUGUCAGUGGGUCCGAUUGCCGAAGCAUUUGAUCGGCUGCAGGCCGCCAUCGAUAUACCCGAUCCGCAGCUGCCCAUACACAUGAGCGUUACGGAUCUGACCAGCUGGAAGCAAAUGUUCGAUGUGGCCAUGCUGGAUAUUAGACGCUAUGCGUAUUAUACAGAUCCCAUGCAGUUGGCCGAUGUCGGUGUCUAUAAUCGCAUAACCUUCGAACAGCACUUUGGCAUGCAAUGGCUAGAGUAGAGCUGAAGAGUUGAAUCCGGGACCAUGCACCCAGUAAUUGAUCUAUUUAUAGCAUGUUGUAGUACCUUGGAACACGCACUCGAAUCACAUACACACACACACACACAUAUGUAACAACGAUAUAUAUGUAUAUGUGUACUGUAUUAAUUGUGUUAUAGCGGAAUUUAUUGACUGUGCCUUUUCUACUCACUCCCAAAUCCCCCUUGGCAAUCGGCCAUAUCCUGUUUCACAAUUCUAGCCCUGCCCUGUCUGCAGUUUCAAAACCUUGAACUUCCCGUUUAUGUAUAGAUAUACCUUAUAUUAUCGAUGUACAUAUGUACAUAAAUACAUACUAUACAUAUAUGCCUGUGUUUGUAUGUAAAAUGCAAUACAAUAGUGGACACAAA